ACAGGUGUACGUGUACGGAGAGGGAGAUACAACCAGAUGUAUAAAAUACACUGAGGAGUGCAGGAUAAGGUAGGCGGUACUCGGUUAUUACCCUGUGGCAGUGGAGAUGGGGACCAAAGAGGAGAAUGACGGCAAGGAAUAUGGAGUUGAGCGGUUUGGCUGCAUCUCACUGGCAGAGAUGGAGAGCUAUUACAGAUACACCCAGUGCUGUCAACAGCUGCGUCGUAAGUAUGAAAUUUUGCAGACAGAUCUUCCUCUGUGUGCAGCACAAAUUGGCACUGAACUCCAGAAGCAGUUUGCCACCCUACCAGGGGGCCGCGGGACUGAUGGCAGCCCCAUCGUCAUCUUCCCAGAAUUCCCAACUUUCUGCGAACUGGAAGAGGAUGAGAUCAAAAAUGUGCUUUACUACCUCACAACAGUGCCCAGCAUUGCCACAUCAGGAGUAGGAUUCAUUCUAGUCAUCGACAGGCGACUGGACCGAUGGGCCGCUGUAAGGUCUACCCUGCAUCGAAUCGCAGGCGCCUUCCCAGCAACUGUCAACUUGGUUCUGGUGUUGCGUCCCACCACUUUGCUGCAGCGGGCGCUGUCAGACUUCCUCUUCAAGUACAACAAGGAUGAGUUCAAAAUGAAGGUGGUCAUGCUGAGUUCGGUGACCGAGCUCCAUGCCUACAUCGACCCUGGACAAUUAACCACGGAAUUGGGGGGCACGCAAGAAUACUGCCAUGAAAGCUGGAUUUCCCACCGCACUGCAAUUGAAGCGUUUGCUCUGAUGGUGAAGACGACGGCUCACACUCUGCAGGCCUUUGGCACCGAGCUUGCAGAAACGGAAAUGCCCAAUGAUGCUGAGGCCACCACUAGCCUGCUGGACUUGCAUUCUCAAAAGAAAGACAAAAUGAAGGAGGACCUACAGGUGUCGCAAUCUCAGGGCGCGCUUCUAUUGGAGUGCAUCAACGAGCCUUUUCGGACUGACGCGGAAUACCUAAUGACCCACGAUGAGCUGGAAAACCUCACCACUGUGCAGCGACUUCUGGGUCAGCUGGACGAGACCGAGACAGCAUUUGACGAUUUCUGGGAACGUCAUCGCUCCAAGCUGGAACAGUGUUUGCAACUUCGAAGUUUUGAGCAGCACUUCCGUGAAGUGCGCUGCCAACUUGAUGCCACGUCGGAACGGUUGUGCGGUUUCUCAGAGGUCAGCGUAAAUCCUGUCCAUGCCGAGCACGUCCUCCGUGAGCUCAGCAGUCAUGAGGAAAAGGCCCGUGACGUCCUGGACUACGCCCUGUCACUUGCCAGCGAAGGCGACGGACUGAUGGAGAACGCUCAUUAUGCGGAGGACUCCAUUCGGCCGAAGUGCUGUGAGCUGAGGGCAGUGUGUGAGGAGAUCAGUUCAACUCUGAGGGACAAAAAGAGCUUUCUUCUCACAGCGAUGGAGCUCCACCAUGCCCUGGAGAAGGCCACCCGUUGGUGCGAAGAGGGGAUUUAUCUGCUGGCGAGCCAGCCAGUGGAUCGAUGUCAGUCUCAAGAUGGGGCUGAAGCUGCUCUCCAAGAAUUGGAACGAUACCUGGAAACCGCGCCGCUUCACACCGUCAUUGACUGCAGCGCCAUCUGCUGCCAAUAUGAAGCGGUGCUCACUACUCAACUCAGGGACCAGGUAGAGAGAGUUUUCCAGAAGCAAAGCUCUGUCCAGGAGAUGUUUGAGAAGAGACGCGUCAGCCUGAAAAAACUUGCCGCUAAACAGACACGACCAGUUCAGCCAGUGGCUCCAAGACCUGAAGUCAAGUCUCCACAGGCAUCUCCCAAUCAACAGAGAAAAGAGAGGAGAUACUCGGCAGAUAGUGCCCUCUGCAGAAAGGUUGAGUCUCCCGUAUCCAAUGGUGGCACCAGACACGCCUCCUUGUCCGAGGAAGACGAAAACCUGGCUGUGCUGCGACGUCACGUGAUGAAUGAACUGCUGGAGACCGAGAGAGCAUACGUGGAGGAGCUUCUGUGCGUUUUAGAGGGCUAUGCGGCAGAGAUGGACAACCCCUCCAUGGCUCACCUCAUUCCCAGUAUGCUGCUGAAUAAGAAGGAUAUCCUGUUUGGGAACAUGUCAGAAAUCUACGAGUUUCACAAGAGGACAUUUCUGAAGGAUCUAGAGGCUUACACGAACUGCCCCGAACUUGUGGGUCGCUGCUUCUUAGAAAGAAUGAAGGACCUACAGAUCUACGAGGCUUACUGCCAAAAUAAACCUCGCUCUGAGAGUUUAUGGCGGCAGUGCUCGGAUUGCGCCUUCUUCCAGGAGUGUCAGAAGAAGUUGGAUCAUAAACUUGGAUUGGACUCCUACCUCCUUAAACCCGUCCAGAGAAUCACCAAGUACCAGCUGCUGCUGAAGGAGCUAUUAAAGUACAGUAAAGGUUGUGAUGGCUGUGACGACCUCCAGGAAGCUCUCACCUCCAUUUUGGGCAUCCUGAAAGCUGUUAACGACUCCAUGCACCUUAUUGCCAUCACGGGAUAUGAGGGUAACCUCUCAGAGCUGGGUCGUUUGUUGAUGCAAGGGUCCUUUAGCGUGUGGACAGAGCACAAGAAAGGACAUGCCAAGGUCAAGGACCUGGCCAGGUUUAAGCCCAUGCAGAGGCAUCUGUUCUUGCAUGAGAAGGCCCUGCUCUUUUGCAAGAAGAGGGAGGAGAAUGGCGAGGGAUAUGAAAAAGCUCCAUCUUACAGCUUCAAACACUCUCUCAAUAUGAGUGCAGUGGGAAUUACAGAGAGCGCUAAAGGAGACAACAAGAAGUUUGAGGUUUGGUGUAAUUCACGAGAGGAAGUUUUUAUUGUCCAGGCUCCAACGCCUGAGAUCAAAACAUCGUGGGUGAACGAGAUCCGCAAAGUUCUCACCCAACAGCUGAAAGCCUGCAGAGAUGCCAGCCAGCAGAAGAGCUUCGACUCCCCAAACCACACCACCAACUCCUCCGUCUCGCUCAGCCCCUUUCGGAGCAACAGUCAAAAGAGCCAAAAAAAGCAGGAGGAAAAGAAGGCGGAGGCGAUCGCUGUGUCCGACAACUCUUUGCCGGCCAAACACAAAGAUGAGACGGUGACAAUUCCAACCGCGGACAGGUCGUCACUGACUAAAAAGCGUUUUACUUUGCAGGGCUUCAGCACUCUCAAGAGUCCGAAAGGCUCGGGCAUGAGCCCAGAGCACAGUGCCAAGCGCCACUUGGUCAAGAGCGACCCGACUCCAUUUGGGUCCAAAGCCUCUCACAUCAGUCUGUGCAAAGUCAAAUGGGCCAGCGCCUCUAGUCUGUUACAGAACAAGCCGCGAGGCUCGACCAAAUUGUCGCUCUCAGUGGAUGCCUCUGAGGAGAAUGAUGGCUACUCCAGUGGCGAGGAGCCUUUGAACUCUGACACUGAGUAUGAUGCAGUACAGAAGCUGAUUCCAGGGAGAUACACAGUGGUAGCAGACUCUGAGAAGGCGGGACCUCAGGAGUUGUCAGUCAAGAGCGGAGAUGUGGUGCAGCUCAUCCGAGAGGGAGAGGAGGGCCAGUGGUUUGUGAGGAACCUUCGCAGCAGCAAGGAGGGCUGGAUGGCACAUGCAAACCUGCUUGGCUUAAUCGCUGAGUCCAAGUCAUCUCAGUCACUCAGCAGCUCAGAUGACAGUGUCUCUGGAAAUCUUAGCACUUCCUCCAGCUGCAGUGAAACCUACACCAGCUUCUCAGACAUCAAACCCUGACCUUUCCACCAGCACCACAGAAAACCAAGUGUUGCGACAUCAGCCAUCGUCACCAGUGUUUCAGCUGAGUGUUACAUGCUAAUGACAGUCUCUAUGUGUUCACCUAUGUAGCAUUAAUGUGGACACAUCUCAAGAAUGUCUGCAUGAGAGUUUUUUUGGGUGUACCUCUGGCAGUGAGUCACUGCGAACACAGUUCAGAAGCGGCAUUUAGUGUCCCGUGUUGAUCAACACUGUGACCACUGGCAUGGAGCUGCUACCAGCAUAUGCUGCCCUGCAGCUCAAGGGCAUGAAGAGUCCUCAAAACUAAAAUCCGAAUCGGCUUCUCUGAGAUGUGCAGCUGUUGCCAUGAAUAUUGAAUGCCACACUGCUGGACUCAUCAGCACCAUCUGGUGGUCAGACCCCUCUCUACCUUCCACCCAGUAAUCCGAGAGGAUGUGGACCUUGUUCCUUUGAGAGCGCUCGCCGGGCUCGCCUCUCAGCUGCUCGGGAUUAACCUCUGAGGCAACACGGGGCCGGCAGGUGUGACUACAUUCCAGCUCCACUUGGAUUUAAAUCUUUAGUGUACACAUUCCUGCACAUCUACACGCAAAUAUGUUUUUCUGAACAAAUUGUACAUGCUUGCGUCACAGACCCAAAACACCAAAUUGAAAUGCACAGCUUCUUUAAGUACACUCAAGAAAUUGUUUCAGAUUUUGCUUAUCUAUUUCCGGUUUACCCUUACAAACAGGCAAUAUAUAAAAUCAGGCUUUGUCCCAUUGUGCUGCUCCCAGCCCAACUAUGGCAUGUGUCGGUAGUCAAUUGUCUCCAAGCAACUAGACCAAGACCGGCUCAGCUUGUUUGUUCCAUCUGCCUCCCAACCAUCUACUUUCUUGACGAUACAGUCCUGGCAUAUGCUAGCUGAUGGACAGGUGCAAACAAAAUAUUAAUUUAUGUUUGAGAGUCACAUCAAGAACGGCACUAACAUGGGUCCGAAGAAGCUGGUUAUGAUGCACCUCACCUUUCGGCAAGCGCCGUGAGAAACAAAAGGAACCUUUGCUACCAUCGACAAUGAUUCAUUUUAUACGGUCAACCAUUUUUUACAACCCUCUAUUUUUACUGUCCUCACAUGGUUGUUAACAAUUCAUGUUAUGUGGCGUGCCUCAAUUCAUUGCAGCUCACCGAUGUAGUAAAAUUAGCCCCACCUGUUCAUUUCUUGGAAUCAGGUGUAUUUUCUUGUGACAAUUCAGUGUGACAUUUGUCAGCGCUCUAAAUAAUCCUCACCGUUUUUGUUGAAAAUCAUAUGAAGCUAUUUUUUCCCCCUCAGUCCAAUGUAGUUGUCCAGCACAGAAUGCAUGUUGUCCCUGUGGAAAUGCACAGCAAAUCUCAAACUGUGUCUGUGACCGUGUUUUGCUCAUUCUAAUAGAGAAAUGUCUGUCUUGUACUGUAUUCUGUCAAAUACCUCACCUAAUUCUCUACAGCUUGCGAUUCAUGAAGAGAAUAUUUUUUUGUUAGUCUCUCCCCGAGAAAACAUUUCAGCAGUCAUUGUCGUGUAUUUGGAGUGUUUAUUUUCUGCCCUCAUAUGAAAGCUGACGCAGGCACACGUCAUUAGUGUUUGAUCACGGUCACACAAUUAUUUGUACUGUCAACACGCUGGCUGGAGAGAGAUUUUGUUUAUAUUUUGUACUUUCUUUUUACACUGCACAUUACAGCAACCACAGUCUUUAUUUUCGUACUGUAUAUCUACCAAUUAUGGUAUUGAUAUUAAGCUAUUAUAUCUGUAUAUUUGUAAAUAUGUAAGUCUGUAUUGUAUGUAAAAUCAAAAGCAGCUUUAAUAAACUCAGAUGGUUUCCUUUA